AUGGCUAGUCCCGAGGAUCCCGUCGUCUCGCUCGAGUACCGCGGCCGCGUCGCGCUGCUCACAAUCGACAACGACCGCAAGCUCAAUGCGAUGUCGCAGCCACAGUACUACGACCUCGCCCAGAAGCUGCGCGAGAUCGCCACACAUGACGAGGUCUUCAUCACCGUCCUGACGGCCAAGGGACGUUACUUUUCAGCCGGCGCCGACGUCUCCAUCGCCCGCGAAUCCCCUUCCGGCGCCGCCGCCCACAAGCACUGGCUCCAGGGCUUCGUCGCCUUCAACCUGAACAUCACGCAGGCCUUCUACACGCACCCCAAGAUCCUCGUCGUCGGCCUCAACGGGCCCGUCAUCGGGCUCUCCGCCGCGCUCGUCUCCUUCGCCGACUUCAUCUACGCCACGCCGUCCACCUUCCUGCUGACGCCCUUCUCGUCGCUCGGCCUCGUCGCCGAGGGCGGCGCCUCGCGCGCGCUCGUCACGCGGCUUGGCCUGCCCAAGGCCAACGAGGCGCUCAUCAUGAGCAAGCGCAUCUCCGCCGAGGAGCUGCUGCACACGGGCUACGUCAACAAGGUCUUCGACUGCGGCAAGGGCGAGGACGCCAAGUUCCGCGACCUGGUGCUGCAGGAGGUCGAUGAGAGGCUGGGCGCACACCUGAUCGGGGACAGCCUGACGGGGAUCAAGGCGCUCAUCAGGCGGCCCGAGAUGGAGAUUAUGGACCGGCAGAACUCGCAGGAGGUGUUUGCGGGUAUUGAGAGGUUUAUGAAGGGGAUCCCGCAGGAGGAGUUUAGGAAGAUUGCCAGUGGUGAGAAGAGGCACAAGUUGUAG